AUGACCGACCUGAAAAGUGUUUUCAAAGCCCAGUGGGCUAAUGUCACUCACACCGAUGGUGGAUGGUGCAAGGAGUUGUAUCAAGGCUUUGGUGUCUUCGUCCGGAGUGCACAGUUUCGUCUGCAAAAGGUAACGGGACAGAACGGAGCCAAAAAUACCCGUCCCUGUGCCCAAGCUGAGGGGCUCCCCAGCGCUGGCGACACCAGGGCUCGGAGACUGCCAUCUCCCCCCGACCUUGUUGGCCCGCCCGGGAGACACACACACCACCACCCCCCCCGGGCCAGCCCAGCCACCCUGAGCCCAAAGGCCAGCGCCAUCCUUGCCGGGGUCUCGUUCCCCGCCAUCGAGAAGAUGGCGUCACGCCUGAAGCUGCCAAUGUUUACUGGGCCGCAAGCGUUGCUCCGGGAGUUGACUAAAGAAGAUGCUGGAAUUGUCAACUGUGAGGGCAUUGGAACAAUUCUUCUGUCACUUCACCACUGUGCUUUUGUUUACUCAGAUUCAGAAAAUACCAUUAAAGUGUAUCGUUUUAUAACAGAUAUUAAAGCAGAAUUCAUGCUGAAGCUGGACCAUAAUCAGAUUGAUGUCUUGCACCGCAGGUCACUGAGCACUUCCACAUGGCGGCUGGCACAGGACCAAACUCGAGACACGCAACUCAUCACAGUUGAUGAAAAAUUGGAUAUCACUGCUCUAACUGGUGUUCCAGAUGAGCACAUCAAAACCAGAAAAGUUCACAUUUUUGUUCCAGCACGUAAUGCAAUGCAGUCAGGAGUUAACAAUACAAAGAAGUGGAAGAUGGAAUUUGAUAACAGGGAGCGCUGGGAGAACCCUUUAAUGGGCUGGGCGUCUACAGCUGAUCCUUUAUCCAACAUGGUUCUUACUUUCUCUACUAAAGAAGAUGCCAUUGCCUUUGCUGAAAAAAAUGGCUGGAGCUAUGACGUUGAAGAGAAGAAGAUGCCAAAACCUAAAUCCAAGUCUUAUGGUGCAAACUUUUCUUGGAACAAAAGAACAAGGGUGUCUACAAAAUAGGUUGGCAUUGGCUGUCUGACUGUGAAUAAAGUCAGCUGUGCUAUAUUUAUAGUCCAUGUAUAAUACAUCUCUUAAUCUCCUAAUAAAUUUGACCUUUAAACUACA